AUUUACAACGUUCUAGGUCAUGAUGCCAGCACAGCAUCGGGUCAAGAAGGAGACUCAGCCUGGCUAGAGACCCACAAGCUGAGAAGCAAUAGGGAGUGUCAUGUCCAGUGUCUCCAGUUCUACUAUUACCACAGUGGACACAAGUUAGACCAUCUCAACAUCUGGAUCAGAGAGUUUCAAGAUGAAUGGGACCUCUCAGGAACACUCCGCCUCAUGGGACAGAUCACUGGUAAACCAACAUCUUACUGGCAGCUCAAGCAUGUUUCCCUGAAUGCCACCAAGCACUUCCAGGUGGAGUUUGAGGUUCGUAAAGGAGCAGGAAACUCUUCAGAUGGCUUCUCAAUCGACGACAUCAAUCUGUCCGAGAUCGAUUGUCCACAUGUUACCAUGCAGAUCAAUGAUUUUGAGAAUACUAGUUUAUAUGGAACCACUCGAUACAGUCCACGGCAGUACUCCAGUGGAGGCUAUGCCUACAGGGUUGGGAUUAUGCAGGCCAGGCGAUCUUUCGGACUGUUUGUGCAACUCUUGUCUGGUGAAUAUGAUGACACGCUGGAGUGGCCUUGCCCACAAAGGCAGGUGACCUUUAAAAUGCUGGAUCAGAACCCCAACAUCCAGCUGCAGAUGUCCAAGCAAAGGAGUAUCACCAGUGAUCUAAGCACAUCCAGUAAUAAUGGUAAGAAACAAAGAAAUCACCACACACUAUAUGUUACUUUUUUAGACUUGCGACAUACAUACUGUACCUACAUAACAUUUGACCAACCCAUC